AUGGAGGCUGUUAGCAAUGAAGCUCUAACAGAGAAAUACAGACCACAGCUCUUGCGCGAUCUAGUUGGGAACUCGUACAUAACGUAUGCCCUGCAGGCAAUAGUGAACUCUGGGAACAUUCCGCACUUUUUGUUCUUUGGCCCGCCUGGGACUGGGAAGACCACAGCAGCAAAGGCUAUAUGCAGAGAAGUUCUGAAGAAAAUAGACGGGAAUGUGAUGGAGCUGAACGCAUCGGACGAAAGAGGUAUUUCGGUGGUGCGAGACAAGAUCAAAGUAUUUGCAUCGACGUUCGGGAUAUCUUCAAAGAUGAAAAUAGUUGUUUUGGAUGAAGCCGACUCGAUGACAAAAGACGCACAAAAUGCUCUUCGCAGAAUCAUUGAGAUAUACUCUAAAAGUGUGCGCUUCAUCAUCAUAUGCAACUACUCCACCAAGAUCAUCCCGGCAAUUAAGUCAAGGUGUGCACCGUUCCGGUUUGGUCCUGUCAAGGUCUCUGAAAUGAAAGAGUUCAUCAGGAAGAUAGUCCAGAACGAGAGCAUAGAGAGCACAGAGAAAGGGAUAUUGAGAGUGUGCGAGCUUGCAUACGGUGAUCUUAGAAAGGCUGUGAACAUGCUGAACAGUCUGAUGAUCACAAAAGAGCCCAAGAUUACCACAGAAAGAGUAAACGAGUACUACAAAGAAGUAAAAAAAGAAGAAAUAAAAUCUCUCUUUGAAAAGAUGUACUCCAGUGGGUUUAAAGAGGUAAAAACAGAGAUAACAAAGAUAAAAAGAGAGUACGGCCUCGGGCUCAAGGAGAUAGUGAAUGAAAUAGCAGAGAUCAUAAAGAAUGAAGAAAAAGAGAACAUCCUAGAAGAAAUGGUGCACCUGUCAGAGAUAGAGUACCGGAUGGCAAAGGGAGCAGCAGAGGAAGUGCAAGAAAAUGCGCUUAUAUCCUACUUCACGUGCAAAGAAUAA